UGAGCUAGGAAACAUAUAAAUUGUGAGCUCUCCGCUGUUGUAGGCAUAUUUGACUUUCAGAGAUCCCCGAGAGAGAAAGCCAAGCGAAACACAAGGAAAAUGUACUCACGCUCAAACAGCACGACCCUGACUCUCCAGCGGGAGAGAUUCGCCUUCUCCAGGAUGGCGACCCGCAGCACGGAGCCCGAGGUCUUCACCUUCGAGCGGGUUCCGGCUCAGGCCACCGCCGUGCGCUCCUACGUGCCCAUCCGGCCGAAGAAGCGCUGCACUCGGGUUAUGUACCCCGCAAAAGUCCGCAUGCACCUUCCGCCACCGGAGAAGAGCCAAGCCAAGCGCUGGCUGGUCAUCCUGUGCCUGGUGGUCCUCUGGCAGAUCUGGACCGAGGAGCCCUGCGCCGAGACGCCGCUGGGCAGCUCAGACAGCCCGGUCAGCGACUACCAUGGUUUCACCUUCCAGUCUGAGGAGGAGCGGGCGCUCCAGCGCCUGGAGCUCAGCUCCGACUCCGAGCUCCCGUCAGCCUUCCCGAGCAGCUGCGAGGACGGCAGCUCGUCCAGCGAACAGAUCAUCCCGAGCGCCCCCUGCGCCCAGCCCAGCGAGGAGACGGAGACCAGCGGGUUCGAGCAGAGCGCCGGGAAGAGCUACAUGGUGGCUCUGCUGGUCUACCACAGACUGGGCAGCGACAACUAAGUCUGCCAGGACUGGUUUUACUGUAAACCGCCCGAGUCUGGGCUUCUUGGAUCGAAAAUGAUGCCGAGAUGGAGUUGAUCCUGAGUAGUACCUGGAGAGCAGCGGUGCGUCCCGCAUAGCCAGGAGCCAGGCUCCACGCGUCGGCUUGUCCCUGCCAGAGGUCCCCCUGAGAGUGGAGGAGGACACAGUCUGCAGAGGGACACGAGGAAGAAAGAAAGAAAGAAAGAAAGAAAGAAAGAAAGAAAGAAAGAAGAGAACUGUGAACACUUACAAAAAGCAAAACAAAAAAAACUGAAACUUGAACUCUUGAAAACUUGAACUAAUUUCUGUGUAAUUUACACAUAGACUCUAACUGCACAAAGAGGCCUGCUGGCAAACUGUAUGUUUUACAAGUUUAUGUCAUGGAAAACUGUCACUCCUGUAGGCCACCGAGCUGAAACGGACACUGUUUGUUGUCUACAUGUCUUAUUUAGUUAUUUAUUCUGUUAUUUGCUAUUUAUUUAAUAAUAAUUUUAAUAAAAAAAUGUCUAAACAAA